UUAAAACUAUGCUACUUAACACGUGUUUAUUGUGCGCAACAUAAAACAGCGAAGUCAUUCUUAUUACAUCAUGCUCAGCCAAAUUUAUUUGUCAAGGAUAAGUUCAAUUUCGAUCUCUCCUUUCUGUCCCCAAACAAUGCCCGACGAUUACCAAAUGGGACCUUUCAAGGGUUACGCUGUGAACCAAUAAGAUACACGAGAAUUUAAAUUAUAAUUAGUCCUUCGCCGACAUGAAUGGACAUGCCAUUGAAAGCGAUAUCCUUGACACCAAAAGAUCAGCUUCGAGAAAUGAAUGUUUGCAACUGUCUUCAGUAAACAGGAAAUGAAGCUGAAUUAAAAACUGGCUCAGUGGACAUUUAGGGUUCGCGAUAAGUAAAAGACCGACAGGUUUUGUCCUUGCUGUUCUGGAUCAGUUCAUAAACAACUUCUUAACACAGUUGUGUUUGAAUAAUUCCUGAAAAGAGUGACAAUAAUUGCAUAACAAUAAAGGCCGGAAUUAAAGACUUAAGCUCAGUAGAUGAGAUAUGUAAACGAUCUUCGUUGCUAUGAGCAACAAGUAACGCAACAGUGUCUGCCUCACGAAAUUUUGAUCGACUGACGAGGCAGUUGAGAUGAAACUCACAAAAAUAGAUUAACAGCGCGAGACAGAGUUUUGUUUGGGUGAUUUGAGAAAGCAAGCUGUUAAGAAGCUUACUUAGAACUGGCGCGACCUUAAUCGCUCUGAUUUUACAGUGCCGAGUACGUUCUGCUUAGUGACCCAAAUCGUCGGUCGCGUUCAACAAAAGCAACCUUAGUUUUGGUCUUGGGGAGACAUUAACGAAAAAUGCCGGCAAAGUAUGGAAGCGAACCUGGGUUUCUACAGGAAACUAUCAGCAAGGUUACCUACAAAAGUGAGUAUACGACAAGUUUCACGGGGGAGCGAAUUCCAAUACAGAAUGUCCGAAUUCCAACAGGAUUGAGGAAGUGUGUAAGGAUGACAGCUUGGGACGAAGCACAGAAACCAGAAACAUCUCGAGCAGUUCAGUUGCCGUUUCACCAAAAACGAAAUUAUCCUGCCAGGAUAAACCUUCAAGGACUGCAACCAUCACCAACUACGAGGGCUAGAAGCGCUCAACAAAGGCCGUGCAGUAACAUUUCCGAGCUGAGCCGAAGCAGCGGUCGUAGAUCUACGAGCUCGCUGUCGGCAUUUUCGGGGCGCGAUAGACCAAGCACCGAAGAACUCCUCAGACGACCUCAAAGUCUGGUGGCAAGAAGACCGCAGAGCGAGCUUUCUCGAUUUCCAAAAGACUUUCGUUAUAUCGACAAACAGUGCUUCUUCCAUCCGGCAAAAGAACCAACUCGAAGCUUCUUCGUAAUAAGUCCGGACUGGGUAUCGGAACGUAGGAAUCACUUCAUUCGGAAAAAUACUUUGUUUGGCUAAGUUCGUCUCAAGAAGCAUCAUGGCGUCAGAGGCACAAAGAUCACCCACUUGAACUGACGAUGAAAUAUUCAGAACGCUGCUAUUUGUGGAGAUAACUUACUCUGUCAACUUGUUUACAUAUGCAGGAAUUUACUGAAUUGUAAAUACUAAAUUUCAACUCACACCAAUCCCGAUUUGUUCAUAGCAAAAUAAAACAGGUAUUUU